GAAGAAACAAGUUUCCCUUCCCUCGUGUAUAUUUUCGUCUCCAUUUUUCCGCCAGAACUGAGUUUGAGGGAGGGAGGGAGAGAGUUUUCGUCUCCAUUUCAAGUCGCAUCGAAGUUGUAUAUGGCCGACGAAGCUGCGAAAUCGGAAACCCUAGCUCCGAAUGUGGAGCAGAUGCAAAAUUCUGUCGAAGCGGUUAUGGAAUUGAGCGCUCAAGUAGGGACAGAUUCUUCGUGUAACAACAACGACAAUGUUGAGAGUUCUGGUCUGAUAUCCGAAGUCGACCGCGAGAAGUCAUUGGAGUACGCUGACGAGUUGAUGGAAAGAGGCUCGAAUGCUGCGAAAGAGCGAGAUUAUGUUGAAGCGACCGACUGCUUCAGUCGUGCCCUAGAAAUCAGGGCUGCACAUUUUGGUGAACUUGCUCCUGAAUGUGUCAAUGCGUACUAUAAAUAUGGAUGUGCCUUGCUGUAUAAAGCUCAAGAGGAGGCUGAUCCAUUGGCAGCUGUGCCCAAAAAACAGGGAGAAUCUCAACAAGAAUCUGUUAAAGAUGAAUCUGUUAAGAGUGUCAUUAAUGGUGAAUCUUCUGCUUCAAGUAAUGCUGUACCAGUGGGGAGUUCAAAUCCCCAGAAAGGAUCGCAUGCUGAUGUUGUCAGUGGGAAGGAUCAGGAAGAAGAAGAUGAGGAAAGCGAUGCCGAAGACCUGGCUGAAGCAGAUGAGGACGAAUCUGACCUGGAUUUGGCAUGGAAAAUGCUAGAUGUUGCUCGAGCAAUUGUUGAGAAACACUCUGAUGACACAAUGGAGAAAGUUGAAAUAUUGUCAACAUUGGCAGAGGUUGCUUUGGAAAGAGAGGACAUUGAAACCUCCCUCAGUGAUUACCUGAAAGCACUUUCCAUUUUGGAGCAUGUGGUUGAACCAGACAGCAGACAUAUAGCUGAACUAAACUUCAGGAUAUGCUUGUGUUUGGAAAUUGGUUCAGAAGCUCAGGAUGCGAUUCCUUAUUGUCAAAAGGCUAUUUCAGUUUGCAAGUCCCGGGUGCAGCGUCUCAUGAGUGACCUAAAGAGUUUUUCAGGAGCAACAGCAACAUCAGCUGUUCCUGAAUCAGAGCUAAGUGUCCAACACUCUUCUAGUGCAUCCCAGUUGGUUGUUUCUAUUGCAGAUAAAGAAGCCGAGAUUGAAACACUCACUGGCCUCUCUGUUGAGCUGGAAAAGAAGCUUGAAGAUCUCCAACAGGUUGUCUCGAACCCAAAAUCAAUCCUCUCAGAUAUACUUGGAAUAGUAUCUGCUAAGGCAAAAAGUGCCGAAAAGAGUGCUGCUUCGGUGAUAAUGAGCUCGUCACAGAUGGGUACUGCUAGCAGCAGUGGAGAUUUUGAAUCUCCUUCUGUUUCCACUGCACACACAAAUGGUGCUGCUGGAGUGACACAUCUUGGCGUGGUGGGUAGAGGAGUCAAGCGGGUUUUGAUGGAUUCAGGCACAGCAGUGUCCAGUGCAGAUUAAAAGCCCACAUUAGAUCCCUCACAAAUCACAAUACAAAGGUGAUUGCAAUGCCUCUUAAAGGUUUUAUUUAUGCUUCUGUUUGGAAACUGUUAGUGUGAAGUGAUACCAAGAAUUUGGGAUGACAAAUCUUGCCAAUUGAUGAUUUGAGUUUGGAGUCUUAAUUACUGAUAUAUCAUGGGUCAGCCUUUGUUACCUACUUAUUAGCACUGUAGGAUAGUAUAUGUCCUCCUAAUUCAAAGUAGAGAUUCUGGUAUGAGCUUCCUAUCAUCAUAUGGCUUUCUAAUCGUCAGAGCAGUAUUUUUUACUCUGGAUUUGUUGUUCUAUGUUAAUUGCGUAUUAGUUUGUUCUGCGGAAGUAAUUCAUACCAUCUUUAAGGCGAUG